GCAGAGGGGUAGAAGCAGGAGGAAAGGGAGAAAGAAGGAAGGGAGAGACGUGUUCUUUGGGAUGGGAGGACUGGGAAAGUAGAAGAAACAGCAACAAAAGGAGAGAAAGGGGUGAAGAGUGAAAGAAGAACUACAGAAGAGCUUCACAGGAUGGGAAUAUGAGUUCUCGGGCACUGACACAAGGGUCAUGUGUGUAAGUCCAGAGACAGAGGAUGUAGAAGGUGUGAUCGACUGGCACAAAGACAAACAGAAAGACUAAGUAAAGUUGGGAACCAAAGAAAGUUGGGGUGUUUGUGACUGUGUGUGUGAAGCAAAGCCGAGCAGUGAGGGGGGGGUGGAGGCAGAAAAACGGGGAGUCCAAAUGUAACUGCAGCAGGACUGAGUUGGAGAGAGAGGUGUUUUUAAAGUGCGUAUAGAGAAGGGGGGGGGGCAGAGCAUGCAGAGUGUAUCCUUCCCUCUGUCCCUGUAGCGGCACUGAACAAGAGCCAGGAAAAGGGGAAGGGCCUCCCUCUCCCCCUUCUCCAGCUGACAAAAACAGCUGCCCAGGAGCCCGGGCUGGGAGCCUGCUUAGAGGCGAGAGUAAGAGGACAGAGAGGGAGCGAGGAGGAGGGAGGACAGACAGAGAGAAGAGACAGAGGAGAAGGGGGAGGAGGAAGAAGUCUCCAAGUCCAGCACCCUGUCCACCUAUAUGGGUUGCGUCCUGAGUUCAGACUGGUGUGGGGAGGACGAGGUGCAAGCGGUGCCGGUGGUCAGAAACCCGUCCCUGAAGAGAAGGAGCCUGGAGAGGAGUGAGAGUGGCAGGAUGAGGCUGACAAAGACGGGGAAGGGAGAGCCCCACGUCUUCAAGGAAAAGACCUUCAAGAAGAAGCGGCAGUGCAGCGUGUGUCGUCAGAACGUCGACCACGUGGGCUCCUUCUGCAGAGUAUGCAAGACAGCCACCCACAGGAAGUGCGAGGCCAAGGUGACCUCUGCAUGCAUCCCAGUACCCUCCAAUGAUCUGCAGCGUAGAGGGACCGCUCCUUCUCGACACACCCAACACCUGGGGUCCACCAAGUCUCUGACCUUUACCAAGCAGAGAAACACCCUGCCAAGGAGCUUCAGUGUGGACCGUGUGAUGGAGAGAGUGAUGGAGCGCCACUACGACUUCGACCUGACCUACAUCACCGAGAGGAUCAUCUCCGUCUUCUUCCCCCCGAAGCUGGAGGAGCAGAGAUACCGGCUCAACCUGAAGGAGGUGGCUGCCAUGCUCAAGUCCAAACAUCAGGACAAAUUUCUGCUCCUGAAUCUCUCAGAGAGGCGCCACGACAUCACCCGACUGAAUCCAAAGGUUCAUGACUUCGGCUGGCCUGACCUCCACGCCCCACCGCUGGAUAAGAUCUGUGCCAUAUGUAAGGCCAUGGAGACGUGGCUGACCUCCGACCCCCAGCACGUGGUGGUCCUGCACUGCAAGGGCAACAAAGGGAAAACAGGCGUGAUUAUUGCAGCCUACAUGCACUACAGCAAGAUCUCCGCAGGGGCGGACCAGGCUCUCAGUACUCUCGCCAUGAGGAAGUUCUGUGAAGAUAAGGUGUCCUCUUCCCUCCAGCCAUCCCAAAACAGGUAUAUCUAUUACUUCGGGGGCCUUCUGUCCGGGGCGAUCAAGAUGAACAGCAGCCCUCUCUUCCUCCACCAAGUUCUCAUCCCAUCACUCCCUAACUUCCAGGGUGAAGGAGGUUACUACCCCUUCUUGAAGAUCUACCAGGCCAUGCAGUUGGUGUACACUUCAGGCAUAUAUGACCUUCAAGGCACCGGAGGAAGGCGGCUGUGUGUGACCAUCGAACCGGCGCUGCUGCUUAAAGGUGACAUCAUGGUCAAAUGCUACCACAGGCGAGCCCAGAGUGCAGACAGAGACACUGUGUUCAGGCUGCAGUUCCACACGUGCACCAUCCACGGAUCCCAGCUCUGGUUUGGCAAAGGGGAGCUGGAUGAAGCUUGUACUGAUGAGCGUUUUCCGUCUGAUGCCACCGUAGAGUUCGUCUUCUCCUCUGGACCUGAGAAGAUCAAAGGUCGUGAGUACCAGAAGAACGAUCCGGCUGUCACGGUCGACUACAACACUGCUGACCCAGUGGUUCGCUGGGAUUCCUAUGAGAACUUCAACCAGCGUUACCAGGACAGUCUGGAGGACAUUGCCCACACCAGAGGUCCUCUAGAUGGCAGUCUCUACGCUCAGAUAAAGAAGCGCCGAGGGCCUGGCUCAGGUUCUCUCACCUCAACUAAUGGCAGCAGCCCAGGGGUGGGCCUUUCUGAAGAUAGGCCCGAUCACCUCACUGCUCAAGGUUCUGACUCCGCGCUCUCAGGCCAUUCCAUCCAUUUGAGCCAAUCAUCUGUCCACGCUGACCGCCAGGAGGAGCCCAUUCGUCCACCGCCUCCAACCAGACAGGAAAGAGAGGAGCUCGAACGUCUUCUUGGAGGCAUAGAGGGGAACCGAGAUGGAGAGCGAGAGACCGCCAUCUUGGAUGACGGGGAUUCAUUGCCCUCGGAGCGAACCGGGACGCUGAGGCUCAGUCGGUCGUGUUCCUGCCGUGACGGUUACCGGUCCCAGCGCUGUGCCGAGCCUGGCUGUGACCGCACGCUCCUCAUGCCUAAUGGGUACUGCCUCGAUCGGGCUCCCGGCACCAACGGGCACCACGGGGCAACGCCUUCUGCCAGCCCCAACCCAGCUGCUCCUCCAUCACACAUGGAUCUGUGCCAACACUACAGUCCCCACUCCCACCAGUCCCUUCCACCUCCAGAUUUGGUGUGGGACCGCCAGAGUGGCCCACCGCACUACCUGCACCGCUCCUGCUCAGAGGUUCCCUCAUCUCGACAUAUCUGCCCAUACCCAUCACCGGACCUCACCCCUCACUCUCACAACCCCCCACAUCACCACCCUCUCUCUGCCCCGAGUCGCAUCUGCUGUCGAGAAGACGACUACGGCCCCUACCACCACCCUCCUCCACCUCACAGCCACCACCAUGCCCAUCCCCAUGCACACCACCCCAAACCCUCCACCAGCCCUACCUACCAUGAUAUAAUGCUAAUGGAUGGUCUGCCGCCCCCAGGCUGCCCUUGCAGAGACUGCACUAUCAGGAGGGAAGACUCGGCGGCCUAUCACGGCCUGAGGCUGGACCGGGGGGACAGCUUCCACUGGGACAGAGAGGCGGAGCUUCAGCAAAGGGAGGUGGGGCUUAGGAGAGCCAGGGAGACAGAGUUACCUAGAGGGUCAGAGCUCCAGUGGGAGAGGGAUCCUGGGCUGAGGCGAGGCAGAGAGCUGUCCAUCCACUGGGAGCGAGACAGGGAGGCUGAGCUGCAGUGGGAGAGGGACAGAGAGGCUGAAUACUGGCACAGGAGAGCCACCGUAGCCUCCUAUGGCCCACAGGGUCACGAUCUCCCAGCCUUUACGUUUGAUCCCUUGCCAUCGGGUCACCCAGCUUAUCCAGAGGCGUCGAGGUCUCAUGCUCAUUCUCACCUGGAUCUGAAGUACAGCAGCAGCAGCAGCGGUUACCAAACACCCCGCCAAGUGUGCCCCUGCUCGCCUUACCAGCCCUCGCCAUCUGAAAGCAGGGGCUACGCCUCAGGCUACCAGUCUGAGUCCACGUCACCGCUGCCUCCUGCUUCCUCCAUGAUGGGGCCCUGCAGCCAUAGCAAUGGGCCAGCAGAGCAUAACCACAACCACCACCACCACCUUCAAGACUCACAGCAGUCAUACGGCUCUGACUCACACACUGAUGGCCUUCGCAGUUCUGGUGAAAGUGUGGGCUGGAGGGAACACAUUACCCACGGAUCCUUUAAGAGAGUCCACAGAGACGGUCACGCCGCAUGCUCCACGCCGUCUGAUAUGUCUGGACCGUCCACUCCUGUCCACACCAGCAGCCCUCUUCGCACGCAGGAAAGCCCCAGUCCAGGAGGGAGGGAGUAUGAGAUCCGGACCACAGACAUCAUCAGCAGUGACUACGAGGCGUCCCAGCCACAGGACAGACACUAUCAAGCUGAUAAUAUCGUCCAGGAAUCCCCGGAGAGCCAAAAAAGCAGCACAGAGCCGUCAUCUACCAAAGACACGCAGUCAAACACAACCACACCUGUACAAACAGAACCCCACAACCACUGCACUGCACCAUCAGACCCAUCCCUUGCAGCUCCCCACCAGCAGCACUGUCGCCCAGAUAUGCCCUCGGCUUCUUCGUUGCCAGGCUGCCAGGCUCCUUCUUCCCCUAUCCAUGCUUCAACUGCACCAGAUAUACACCCCCAACCUAGCCCUCUCACUAUCCAGACCCCCCAUCCCUCAGAGGCUGCUGCUCUGCCGUCCACUGUGGCACAGGCGAUGUCCCAGCCUCAGAGUCAGACCCAGGCCCAAACCACAGGACCGAUCCAAGCAGAGGUCAACGGAUCCUAUCCAACUAGGGAAACUCACCCUGAAUCCCCAAAAUGCACCAACACCUCCAACACCCAAGCCCCUGCAUCCCCCACCAUAGCUUCAUCAUCAUCCUCCCAGCCUGCCUCCAGCAGCAUGGAGGGCUCCCCUGUCUCUGAUACCCCAGUUCCUGGCUUUGCCACCCUGGGUAGGAAGUUGAUGUUGAGUGGGUCUGACCCCCAACACCCGAACCACAUUCAGCAGCACGGACCCCUGCAUCACCACUACCCAGCCAUGGAGCACAGUGCUGCUCUGGACACUAACAAGAGGCACUGCUACUCCGCUCACACUCCUCAGCUUCACCCGUCCUCCCACUCCAACUACUCCACCAUCUCCAUCCCCCUCCCUCACCCCCAACCGCCUCUGCCGGAAAAGCGCCACCUGCCCGCCCAGCCGAGUUCACCCACCGAAGGAGUGGGGACUCUGAGGCCAGCUGUGGGCCAAGUGCCUCCCUCCACUGCCAGCACCACCCAACAUCAGCACCACGUCACCUUCUCCCCCACUGUGGGGGAAAUUGCACCCCCUACAGGCCAGAAUGAAGGAGUGGCCUCUGCAGAGCCUGAGAAUGGAAACAGGGUCAGUGUGAAGUUUGUCCAGGAUAGUUCAAGGUUCUGGUACAAGCCUGGCAUCUCCAGAGAGCAAGCCAUCACAGCUCUGAAGGAGAGAGAGCCAGGUACCUUCCUGAUCAGGGACAGUAACUCUUUCCAGGGGGCAUAUGGCUUGGCCCUGAAGGUGGCAACACCUCCUCCUAAUGUCAACAACCACAGCAGCAAGGUGAGUGACCCUCUGGAGCAGCUGGUCAGACACUUCCUGAUAGAAACGGGCCCUCGAGGAGUCAAGAUUAAAGGAUGUCAGAAUGAGCCCUACUUUGGGAGUCUGUCAGCAUUGGUCUACCAACACUCCAUCACACCCAUUUCUUUGCCCUGCACUCUGAAGAUCCCAGAAAAAGAUUUGAUAGGAGACGUUCAGGAGGUUCAGCCAGUGAGCAACAUCAGCACAGCUGCCGACCUGCUUAAACAAGGAGCAGCCUGUAACGUCCUCUACCUGAACUCUGUGGAAACAGAGUCUCUGACCGGCCCCCAGGCCAUUGCCAAGGCAACAGACGCCACCUUGGGUCGUAACCCGCGUCCUGCUGCCACUGUCGUACAGUUCAAAGUGACGUCGCAGGGCAUCACGCUCACCGACAGCCAGCGCAGGGUUUUCUUCAGGAGACAUUACCCAGUGAACAGCGUAACCUUCAGCAGCAUCGACCCGAAAGACAGGAGGUGGACUAACUCAGACAACACCACUAUUAAGGUGUUCGGUUUUGUAGCCAAGAAGCCCGGCAGCUUGGCGGAGAACGUUUGCCACAUGUUCGCAGAGCUGGACCCCGAACAACCCGCCUCUGCCAUCGUCAACUUUGUCAACAAGGUCAUGUUGUCGCAGCGCCGAUAGACAAAGAAAGGAAAUGGAGCUCGGAGCACACAAGCAGUGACACGCAGCACAUGAGUAUUGACGAGGCAUUUACUGCACAGUGACGUCCCACUGCUUGUGUUCUCUAAGUUCUUUAAGUUCUCUUUGUCCUUCAGUUGAUGAUGUGAUGAAGAUUUUCUUAUUGUUGGGUGUAAAUACAUUCAGAAGGCGACUGAAAAUCUGAGUCCAUGAUCCCUACAGAUGGUUUUUCAUCUGUUAAUGUGCCACUCCGUCUGCUCCUAAACAACCCCCACCUUUCUGAAAAUAUAUAUAUAUAUAUAUACUGUAACAGCACAUUUCAGUUUUCUUAUAUAGUAAAGUAUUGUUGGAUGCAAAAAUAAUAAACACAGUGUUCAAACAAAGCCAUGAUGUAAAGUGUUACAACUCCUCCGAGGACGAGGAGGCUUCAGAGGAAACUUGUGCAUCUACCAGGGAUCUGUAUCAUGAGGAAAGAUUAGUGGCUUAACCAACUAUCUUUGGCUUUAACUCAGGUUCUCUGGUAUCAUGAAGCUGGCUCACCAUGCUGCAUAGAUUCAUGCUCCUUCUUCCGUCAUGAAUAAGCGUCAAGACGCUCAGUGUAAGUUCAGAACUUCAGUUCAGAAUCAACAUGUUUUUAAACAGACGAACAAAUGGGAAUUGUAGCUGCAUAGUAAUUGCAAACACUGUUAAUUAGCUCAAUGAAUUAUAAGAAUCUGCAGUCAGAUGUUUAUUUGUUUUCUUCAGGAUGUUUUUUUAGAAGGAUGAUCUGACGGAUUAUCAGUUUAUUUACCAAGCAGAUUAUUUUGGAAAUGCCAGCCAUAAUUAACAGGCCUGUAACAGCUUCUCAUUCUGUUCUAGUCCUGUGAAUAUAUUUUAUCUUUAAGUGGUAGAUUAUCAGUUUUGGCCACUACAGCCCACACUGGUACCAUCAUUUCAUCUUAUGCCACAUGAACUUUGACUCUAAUUAUGUUGGAUGUGAUCAGCUUGUAUGUUCACAUUAACAUGCUCAGAGCUAAAAAGGUAAACCAAUAGUUAACUGAGCCGGUUGACAACCAGCUUCAUGAUACCCAGGAUCCCUGACGUCAGGAGGGAGCCAGGCAAAGCUGAACUUCAUGCUACCGGCCCCUGGUAAAUGAUAGUUAAAUGCAGCUUUUAUCAUGUUACUCUGGCUGCUGUUCAGUCGUACAAUGAUAGAAGAGGUAAAAGCAGCUUUAAGGACACAGAGCAGACCGUGUGGAGCCAUGGAGUCGUGUUGAGGGCAGCGAUGGCGCUUUAAGGUCCAACAUUUCGACCUUAAAAAAACAGCAGGUGUUUAUAUUUUGUAUUGUUACAAAAUUCUUUAUUUUUUUUUUCUUUGUUUAAAAAAAAAAAGUGACCAAAGUCCUGAUGAUGUAAUUUAGUUUCUAUAUUUAGAGAUGUUCAGGUAUUCAGAUGUAUGUACAGCAUAUUUACAGCCACUCUUGCCUUCAUCCCCACCACAACACAUCACCUUCACCAGUGUAAAUCACAAUUGACAAUCGUUGUUUUUUCCACUCACAUACACUUAAUAAUCAGAGCGAGUGAGAGACAUAACUCUCUAAUGAAAGUAAACACGAAUGUGAGGUUUUAACUUUUAACCAGAGUGUGUGCGAGGGAGUGGCGUGCGCUCGUAUGUGUGUGUGUGUGUGUGUGUGUUGAGGGUAUUUAAGUAAAUAUGAUGGGUAAAGGUAAUGUUACAUCCACUUUUAAAAGAAAUGCAUGUGAAAUGGGGAAAAAGCUAGAUGGAGGAGGGACGUAGUGUUCAAUCACACCACUGCCGUGACAUGUUUGGUGUUCAUUCACUGCCUCACACCUUCUGACUACAUCCAUUGUAUCAGACGUUUUCACACAUACUGUAUGUUUUCAAAGACAGGUUAGCACACAUCAGCAGGACAGUGGCCUAAAGACAGAUGUACUUAACCAAAGACAAAGCACUCUUGUAUUAAUAAGCUUUUUAUCCAGCUAUAUUUUUGUACUUAUUGCUUCUUGUAUUUUUACUAUGCAUUUAUUUAGUGUGUUGCCUCGUUUGGUAAAAACCUAGAAAAACACUACUUGUAUUACAGCGAUAAUAUAUUGUGGUCUGUUUUCUUGUUGAUCUCUAUAUUAUGUAGUAAUAUAUUUUCACAUGCAGCUAUAGGACAGUGUAUGAGACAUAAAAAGGAAACAUUUGGGGUUUUUUUCAAAAGAAUAAUAUGCUAUUUUGUAUGCAAAAACAAAUGAAGAAUACAAUUAAAUUGAAAUGAUGUGG